AUGGAAGACACCGUAGCCCAGCCUGCGGUCACCACGGCCGACAACAAAACGACAACCAGGCCACCGCUCCAAGCCCAGGCCGGCGGCGGUGCCAGCGAGUCGCAGCGCACCGUCAAGACGCUCAAGGACUCCGUUCUCCCCCAUCUGACCAAGAUAUUCAACGCCCACGCCGGCCAGGCCGACCAGAAGUGGCACAAGGAGCAAAUAGCGUCUUUUGUGAAGAACGUCCAGGCCGAAGAGACGGCCGACUGUCUCACGGCCUUGGCCACGGGGGCCGCCCCGGAGGAGCUUGACUUUAGCGGCUUUCUCAGCUACAUGGCCUCCUCGGCCUCGGCCGCCACCGCCCCGGCCCGCGAGCAGGACCUGACGUACCCGUUGUCGAGCUACUUCAUCAGCUCCAGUCACAACACGUACCUUACUGGGAAUCAGUUGUACAGCGAGUCGAGCACCGACGCCUACAAGAAUGUGCUGCUUCGGGGUUGCAGGUGCAUCGAGAUCGACGUGUGGGACGGUGACGAUUCCGACAACGAGGACGACACGUCCGUCAGCAGCAGCGAUGAUGAGGCUGUCGCCGCCGCCGCUGCGGCGGGUGUGCCGCAACCCAAGAAGGAGAAGCGGAGCAAACUCAAGAUGCUCAAGGAUAAGAUGCCUGGUUCACUCGCGAGCAGGUUGGAGAAGACAUCGCUGGGGAAGAAGAUGGAUGAGAGGAUCGAAAAGUCCACGAGCCCGCCGACAGAGACCGCCACCCCUCCGCUCUCGGUCGGGGCUCAGCAAGCAGCAGCCCCUGCCGGAUCGGAUACGCUGCAGAAGACACGUUCUUCCAGACUCUACCCCAUCGAGCCCCAGGUGUUCCACGGGUACACACUCACCAAGGAGGUGCCCUUCCGACACGUCUGUGAGACGAUCCGCGAACACGGCUUCGCGGCGGCUGACACGCCGCUCAUUGUCAGCCUCGAGGUUCAUUGUGGCGCCGAACAGCAGGAGAUCAUGGUGCAGAUCAUGGAAGACACGUGGAAGGGCCUGCUGAUCCCGGCGCCCGACGCCGAGCCUGCGGAGCUGCCGCGCCCCGCGGACCUGAUGGGCAAGAUUCUCGUCAAGGUGAAGUACGCACCGCCGACGGGGCCCGAGACGGACGCGCUGGACGACGACGACGGCGACAACGGGUCCCCGUCACCGCCGCUGCCGGGCGCGGCAAACAAGAAGGCCGCGUCCAAGACGAAGCCGAGCAAGAUCAUACAGGCCCUCAGCAAGCUGGGUGUCUACACGCGCGGUGUUUCCUUCAAGUCGCUGACGCAGGCCGAGGCCUCGAUGCCGACGCACAUCUUCUCGCUGUCGGAGAAGGGAGUCAUGGAGGUACACGAGAAGCAGGGUGCGGAGCUGUUCCACCACAACCGGCACUUCCUGAUGCGCGCGUACCCGUCGGGCCUGCGGAUCGGGAGCUCGAACCUAGAUGCCCCCGUGUUCUGGCGCCGCGGCAUCCAGAUCGUGGCGCUCAACUGGCAGAACUGGGACGAGGGCAUGAUGCUCAACGAGGGCAUGUUCGCGGGCACGGGCGGCUACGUCUUGAAGCCUGAAGGAUAUCGCUGCGCCAAAGCAGGCUCGCCCCCUGAGCCGAUGCAGGGCGUCCCGCAGAUCGCCUAUAAGACGCUGGACCUCCAGAUCGAUGUGCUCGCGGCGCAGAAUCUGCCGCUGCCACCUGGCGACACCAAGGUGAGCGGGUUUAAGCCCUAUGUCAAGGUCGAGGUCCACGUCGAGUCGCCCGAGGAGCGGCUGCCGGGGGCGCACAUCAAGGACGAUGGCCGCGAGCGCGAGAGCGAGUACAAGGCCAAGACCAAGUCGAACCGCGGCGUCGACCCGGACUUCAGGGGCGAGGCGCUGCAGUUCGCCGGGGUCCCCGGCGUGGUGGAGGAGCUGACGUUUGUGCGCUUCACGGUCCGGGACGACGAGAUCGGAAGAGACGACCUGGCGGCAUGGGCGGCCAUCAGGCUCGACCGGCUGCGGUGCGGGUACCGCUUCGUGCAUCUCAUGGACUGCGAGGGGCGGUUGACGGAGGGUGUCGUCUUGGUGAGGGUCACCAAGAAGUUGUCUUAG